AUGAACAUGCGUCUGCACUGUGUAACCUCAGACAAAAUUCUGGCCCGAGAUAGCAUAAUAGCCUGGCAGAGCCUUUCUGCGCACGAGCAAAACCUACAGUGAAAAUGAACCUUUAGCCAUUGACCUCCAGGCCGCAUGCCAGCCGGCUCGGCAGCAUCGCACAAAGGUGUGGGUGACGGGCGCAGCAGCGCUGGCACAAUCUAUGGUGUCCAGGAGCUCUUGUGAGCACUGAACAAGGCAGUGCCAAAACAUGGAAGAAGGAGGAGACUGGGACUGGCGCGAGGUGCGGCCGCGACGGUCAGAGCAGGCCAGCCCACGUCGUGCUGGGUGGGCCGGACCCUCUUCCCGCCCGCCCCCGCCGCCCCCGCCGCAACAGCGGAGCCCUGGGGCUCACGCCGCCGGCAGCAGCGAUGCCAGUGGCAGCGGUGGCGGUGCCCGAAGCGAUGGCGCCUGGGCAGGCCGCACGAGCCCGCCGGGGUCCGUGGCGAGGCACGCCGCAGCGGCAGCAGUGGCGGCGGCACGGCACCCCACCGGCUCCCACGCCUAUGCUGCUGGCGGCGGUCGCGAAGGCACCUGGUACGGCCAGGGCGGUGGCGGCGGCAGCCACGACGGCGGCCGGCCGCCUGCGCCCGGGCCUGGGUACUUAAACUCUCGCGGUGGCGGGGCCGCUGUGCAGGGCGGCGGCCCGCGGCAGCAACUGCAGCAACAACAACAGCAACAGCAGCAGCAGCAGCAGCAGCAGCAGCAGCAACAGCAGUCCCACCAGUACCGACGUCCGCAGCAGCAAGAGCAGCAGUGGCAGUCGCCGCGCCCGCAGCACGACGAGCAGUGGCGAUCUCCGCUGCAGCCAGAGCAGCAGUGGCGUCCCAAGCAACUGCCGUCGCCGUCGCCUCAGCCCAGGGGCCCGUCGUGGCAACCCCAAUCCCAACACCACUCACAACAUCACCAAACCCAACACCAACACCAACCCCAACACAACCAACAACAGCUGCAGCAACAUAGCCAGUCCCACCAGGAGCAGGGCGCAGGUGGAGGUGGUGGUGGAGGCGUGGCGUGGGGCGGCGGGAGGCCGCCGGCGGCGGUGUUGCUUCGACCGCAAGACGGCGGGCGGGCGGGCGGCCACGGCACCGGCACCGGCCCCGCAUCCGGAGCCGGGGUGUCCACACAAGUCAACUACGGCAUGCCCGUGCCUGUGUCCAUGCCUGUGCCCAUGCCGAUUGCGCAGCUACAGCUGCAGCCUGUGUCAGUGCUGGUGCCGCUCCCGGGGCCGCAGUUGAUGAUGGCAGCGCCUCCGCCGCAGCUACAGCAGCUGCAGCAGCAGCAUCCGGGGCCCUUCAGCCCACGCCAGGGCCCAGGCCAGGCGCUUGUGCAACCGCAGCAACAACAGCAGCAGUACGCGUACCAGUAUGAGCAGCAACAGCCACAACAGCAGCAUUCCCACGCGCUGCCGGGGGCAACCCGGCACCAGCCGCAGCAGCCGCACCUGCAGCCGCAACAGCCCCAGCCGCGUGCGUGGGGCAGUGGGCAGGUUCUCCACUUCCCGCAGCAGCCGCAGCCGUCCCAGCCGCAGCAGCAGCUGCAGCCCACAGCCGCCGCCGCCGCCUCCUCCGCCCCGCCCUCCGAGUCCGAGCGCCUCCUAGCUCAAGCACGGCGCAGCCCUUGGGACGCCGUGACCGGCAAGACGCGGUGCCGCGCCUGCGGCAAAGCCUUUGGGAGCUACGCGCAGCUGGCGCAGCACGUGGGCUCGGCGCACGGUGGCGUGAACUCCGAGGACGCCAAGUACAUACAGCUGAGGCGGGAGCAGGCGCAGCAGGCGCGUGCGGCGCACGGCCUGCUGACGCAGCAGCAGGCGCCGCUGCCGGGCCUUCAGGGCAUGCCGGAUUUGGGGGCUUUUGGCGGCGGCGGCGGAGGAGGCGGAGGAGGCGGAGCGGGCGUGGAGGGAUACGGUCCCGGGCCGGGGCCGCCGCCACAGCCGCGAAACUCUGACGGCAUGCAGGACGGCGGCGCGCCUGGCGGCGCCCGGGGCGGCCGCAGGCUACAGCCGGCGGCGGGAACGGCCGCCGGGCCUGCGCCAGGACCAGGGCCGUGGUCGGGUGCUGCUGGUGCCGCUGCCGCUGGCGCCAAUGCUUCCGGGAGCUCGGGCCCCAGCCGACCGGUGGCCUGGGGCGCCGGCGCGCGAGCGACUGUGUCGGCGGUGCCUGCCGGUCGUCCGGGGCCGGCGGCUGCGCCCGGCGCCGGGGCUUGGGUGACGGUGGCGGCGAAUGGUCGUGUGCAGCGGAGCACAGGGGCCGGUGUGGGCGCGGGUGCUGGUACGGGGGCCAGGGCGGCUGCCGCCGGCGCGGCCCGGGGGCGGCCGGCUGCAGCCAGUGGUGGUGCUGCUGCCACCACAGCGGCGGCGGCUCAGGGCGUCAGGCCCAGCCGGCGAGUGCUGACACUUGCAGACCUGUUCGCGGCGGCGCCUGCUGGCGGCGGUGGGGGUGGUGCCAAGGGCGGCGGCGGCGGUGCCGGCGGCAUGCGUGUCGUGGUGAGCAACUCGUUGCGUGUGGUCGUGCGCGCGCCCACGGCGACCGCCGGCGCCGCCGCCUCUUCAGCUGCGGGCGGUGCCGCCGCUGCGGCCGGCGGCGGAGCCGCCGGCGGGGCGGAGCCGCCGGCGCCGGGCAAGCGGCAGCGGCUGACGGCGGCGGGCACGGUGGCGGCGCGGCCGAAGAAGGCCUUGACGCGUGCCAAGCGCCUCAUCCUGCAGAACCGCGCCAACCGGGGUCUGGCGGAGGCGGCCGCCGGCUACGGCCGCGCGCUGGCCGCCUAUCGUGCGGUGUUGACUGUGGUGGAGACGCUGGCGGCCGAGCUGAAGCGCGAGCGGCAGCAGGCGCAGACGCAGGCGGCGCAGGAGAAGGAGAAGGAGCCGGCGGAGCAGGGUAAACAGCAGGGGCAGGAGCGCGGCGACGCUGCUUCUGACCCUGCUAGCACUGUAACUGCCAGCACUGCUACUGCCAGCACUACCUCCGCCGCAGCGCCAGCCACAACCACGCCCUCAGCCGCAGCCACAGAUGUUCGCGGUGUGGGCGCCAUCGCUGCCUCCGCCGGCGCGCUGCCGCCGGGGCUGCGCCCUCAGCUGCUAGGGCUGGCGCUGUGCAAGGCGCGGCCGCAGCUGGUGAAGCUGCACGCUACGGCGCGGGGCAAACGGGCCGUGUACGUCGCCAAGUUGAAGCAGCACGCGCAGGUCCAUCGCCAGCCGGAGCCGACGGAGGCGGAGCUGGAGGCGGCGGCGCCUGUGGACCCCCUGCCGCCGCCGCCGCCCGGUCUGGGGCUGCAGCAGGAGGCGGCGGGCGGCGGCGGCGAGGCGGGCGCGGGGGGCAAGGGCGGCGAGGGGGACAGCGACAGCGAAGCGGAUGGUUCUGACUCGGACGAUGACGACUACACAGCCAUGGGCUCCGAGUUCCAAGACGUGCUGCGCCGCUGGGCCGACGUGCUGCGGCUGCCCCGCAAGCUGUACGACUUCGAGACCAGCCCGCCCAUGUCCCCGCCCCGCCACGGCGGCAGCGGCGGCAACAGCGGCGCCGGCAGCGGCGGCGAGAGUGGGGCCGAGAGCGGCGGCGGCGCCGGCGGCGGCGGUUCUGCAACGCUGCCGGCGCUGAAGCUGCUGUCGGCUCUGCCGAUGGUGGGUGCGCCCGCCGUGACGCUGCACAGCUUUGCAGCGGGCGGCGACGCCGGCGGGACAAGCAGCACGCUGGGCGCAUCCACGGCAGCAGCAGCAGCGGCAAGGCCGGCGGCGGCUAGGGCGGCGGCAGGCAGCGCGGGCGCGCCCGCCGCCGCCAAGGCCGCGGUUCCGGACUGGCUUGCCGGCAGCGAUUCGGAUGAGGAGGAGGACGAUCGCAGCGGCGGUGCGGGCGGUACCAGUUUGUCCCUCUUUGGCGCAGCCGCGGGGCCCCGACCGGUCACAGCAGCUCCCAAGCCUGCACCUGCCACCGCGCCCACCGCGCCCACCGCGCCAGCGGCGACAGCAGCACCUGCCGCCGCCAAGCCUGCCGUUCCUGCGUGGCUCGUGGCGGGCAGUGACGACUCAGAUGAGGAUGAGGAUGACGACGUCGGUCCGGGGCGGCCGGCGGCGGCGUCCUCUUCCCUCUUCGGCGUAGCGGCCGCCGGCCGCGCGGUUGGUGCCAAGGCCGAUGCAGCGGCGGCUGUGUCUUCCGCGGGCGGUGGUGCCGCCAAGACCGCGCCAAGCACUGCGGUGGCCGCCGCCGCCGCCGCCGCCGCCGCCGCCGCGACGGUGACAACGACAGCACGCACGUCGAACUUGCAACAGCCGGCCGGGCUGCAGACGAAGAAGUCGCAGCCGCUGGCGGCGCCGCGGCCGGCGGCGGGCCUGUUUGGGGCCGGCGGCGCGGCGCCCGCCAACAACGCCUUUGUCACCCCGGCCUGGCUGGGUGGCGGCGGCGGCGGCGGCGGCGCCGGCGGCGCAGCCGCAGACGACGAGGAGGACGAGGAGGAGGAAUGGACGGAUGCGGGGCACUUUGGCGCUGGCGGCUGGACGGACGUGUUAUCAAAGUGGCAGUCGCGCGUCACCACCGGCCUUGGCACCGCAGCCGCACUGCCGCUCUUCACGCCCACGCCCGCCGGCGUCGCCGCCGGACCCGGGAUCUGGGGCGUCGCAGCCUCCCACCCCUUCCUGCCGCACACGCCAGCAUCCGCGCGGGCCCCCGCCGCUACAGCCGCCGCAGCUGCUACAGCCGCCGCAGCUGCUGCUACAGCCGCAAGGGCUGGGGAUGACGACGACGAUGACGGAGGUCUGACGCCGGAGGCGGCGACGGCGGCGGCGUCGCUGCUGCUCGAGCACCACAAGCGCCAGACCGGCUCCGAGCCGCCGCUCGCGGCGAUCAUCGCCGCCGCCAACGCAACCGCGCCAUCAGGCGCGGCAACCGCGGCGACGGCGGCGGCGACGGCGGCGGCGGCGGCUACUGCCCAAAAACUGAUGAGGCAGAGCGCCUCCAACGCAGGGCUACAGCCGAAACAGCAGCAGCAGCAGUCGCUGCUACUGCCGGUCGCCGCCGCCAGCCCCUGGCUUCAAUCGCUCAUGGCGCCGCCCGCCGACGGCGACGAUGACAGCGACGAGGACGAGUACGGCAGCAUGUACGGCGUCGGUACGGCAGGCGUUGGUGGCGGGCUGUACGGCGGCGGCCCUCCGGGUGGCGGCGGCGGUGGCGGCGGCGCGCAGGUGGAUGUGCUGGCCAACUGGAUGGCUGCCACGUCAGCGCCCAAGAUCGCGGAUCUGUUCCGGCAGCAGCACAUCUUGAUCCAGCAGCAUCAGAACCAGAUCCAGGCCAUGUACGGCGUUGGCGGCGGCGCGGCGGCGGCGGGCGCCGGCAGCGCAGGAGCGGCGGCGGCGGCCGUGGGGCCGGUAUCUGUGGCCCAUGCGGUGGCUACGGCGUCAAGAAGAGCGGCGGCGGCGGCGGCUGUUGGCGCGGCGUCGGUGGGAGCCACAGCCACUGGCGGCGCCACUGGCGGCGCCACUGGCGGCGGCGGCGGCGGCGGCGGCAUCAAGAUUAUUAGCCGAGCUAUGCCGGCGGCGCAGUCACCUCAGCCGCCGUCGCCGCAGCCGCCGCCGCCACAGCCGCAGCAGCGCGGAAAGCGGCGGCAGCAACAACAUCAGCAGGAACUGCAGCAACAGCAGCAGCGGCAGCAGCAGCAGCAACAGCAGCAACAGGGGUACCCGCAGCAGCAAGCUCAGCAACAGCACACAGCUCCGCGCGGCGAGUCCCCCACUACCUCCACGCCCUCGCAGCUGCUGCUCCGCUCUUCGGCCGGCGCCGGCAAGGCUAGGCCAGCGGCAGCGGCAGCGGCAGCUGCCCUGCCGCCGCUGCCUGCCCUGCCGCCGCUGCCGCCGGCACGGGACGGAGCCCGCAGCACCACUACAAACUCAAACGCCAACACCAGCAGCAACAACACCAAUAGCAACGGCAGCAGCGCCGCGGGCGGCUCAACGGCGCCCGCGGCAGCGGCCGUGCAGCUGCUCACGCGUGGCGGCGUACUCGGCGGUCCCGCCGGCGCCAGAGCCGCGCCUGCAGGUGCCGCUGCCGCUGCAGGUGCCGGUGCCGGUGCAGGCGGCGGCGCGGCGGCGGAGCGAAAACACACGUCGCCGCCGCGCGUCAGCGCCUGGGCUCGUCCGCUGGCGGGCGGGGCAGCACACCAGCUGCCGUCGCAGCUGGCUGCAACGGCAGCACCCGCGGCGCUAGCGGCGCGGCCUGGUGACCGGCGAACUCCGCCGCCGCCGCCGCCGGCACUGCCGCCGCCGCCGCCGGCGUCUUACGUGGACAAGCUGCGAGGCGCCCGGGCCGCUGCUGCUGCGGCUGACGCCGCCGCCGCUGCCACCGGCGCCGCCACCUCUGGCGCUGCUGCCACCGGGCCGGCUCCAUCUGCUCACGGCACGACGGCGCAAGCGCCGGUUGACGGCGAGCCGCCACCCCAACCGCCAACCGCCUCCAACGACCAGCAGCAACCGGCAGCCCAACCGCCGGCAGGCCAACCGCCGCAGCAGCAACCGCUGCUGCCUCCCGAGUUCCGCUGUGAGGCGUGCGGCGUGCACUGCAACAGCCGCUGGACGUACGAGCAGCACGUGAGCAGCCGCAAGCACCUGGUGCGAUGCAAGGCCCUGGGCAUAGAUCCGCCGCCACUACCGCCACUGCUGCCGCUGCCGGUGCCGCCGCCGCACCCCGGCGCCGACGGCAGGACCAGCACCACCAGCACCAGCACCAGCACCACCACGCCCGGAACGCCGGCACCCACCCACUCCGACUCCACCACCACCGCCAUCACCACCUCCACCACCGCCACCUCCUUCACGGACGGCGCCGCCGCGGGCCCCGUCGCCCUGUCCUGCGCGCUGUGUGGCGUCACCUGCAACGCCGAGUUCACCUUCUCGCAGCACCUCGCCAGCCGCCGCCACCUGGCGCGAGCUGCCAAGCAGCUACUCCGCGCAGCCAUGCCGGCGGCGGCGGCGGAAGCCGGCGGCAGCGGCGCCGCCGCCGCCGCCGGCGCGGCCGCCAGCAGUGGAAACGGCGGCGGUGGCGACAGCGGGGCUGGCGCGCGCGACGCUACGGGCCGGCCGGGCUUACGAGGGGCGCGCGAGCAAGAGGAGGACGUGAACGGCUACUACACGGGCUUGGGCGGUCGAGGCGAUGAAAGUGACGGCGACGGCGGCGACGGCGGCGACGGCGGCGGCGAGGGGGAGGAGCAGCAGGGUGGCGGCUCGGGUCGCCUAGCCACGGCACGCGGCGGCGGCAUCCGGGCCCUUCAGGGCGGCGCAGUCGGCGGCGGCGGUGGGCGCGGCGGCUGCGGGCCGCUGCAUCGGUUGUGCUGCCAGGUUUUGGAUCCAGAAUUGGACGAACUGGUUUUGGACACGCUGACUCGGAUCCGCGGGUUCCAGGAGCGGGCCAUGGCCAAGAACGCCAUCAAGGCUGCCGCCCACCGCUGGUACGUGUUGGGUCUGCGCGAGGUGCACAAGGCGGUGCGCACCCGCCGCAGCCGCUGUGUGGUGGUGGCGCCGGACAUGGAGGAGGUUGCGGCGGAGGGCGGGCUGGACUCUACGCUGGCAGCCAUCAUGGACAUGUGUCAGGAGCAGGGCGUGCCGCUCGUGUUCACACUCAGUCGCAAGCACCUGGGGCGGGUGUACGGCUUCAAGAAGCGAGUCAGCGCAGUCGCAAUCCUGGAGCUGAACGGAAUCCACGAACCCGCGGCGCGCAUCGCGAAGCUGGCGGCAGCUGGCCGGGAGGCCUGGGCCGCGCAGGCGGCGGCGACGGCAGCGGCGGCGGCGGCGGCGGCGGCGGCGAGCGGCGGCGCGUAUGGGGGCGGCGGCGGCGGUGGCGCGCGCGGCGCUGGAGAGGGUGUGUUUGCGCUUUUAGGGGCGGGGCAUGGAGAGGAUGGCGGGGCUGCGGGCGCGCCAGGCGGCGCCGCCGGGCCGCCGGCUGCGACCGUGGCGUAUCCGGCGGCGGCGGCGGCGCCGGCGCCGGCGGCGGCUGGAGGCGGGAGUGGCGCGGGCGCGGGCGCGGCGAGCGGAGCGCUCCGCGCACACGGCGCGGUGGUGGCGGGGGAGGCGGCGGGUGAUGCGGCUGUCGGCGGCGGCGGCGGCGCCGGCGGCGGCGCGCGUGGCAGUAGCAGUGGGAGCGGCAGCGCCAAGCAUCUGAGCGUGUCAGCGCCGGCGUUCGUGCCGCGGUUGCCUUAGGUUUUUGGAUGAUAAUGGUUAUGAUCACAAUGCCGACUGUGCGGCGAUUAUCAAGACAUGAGAGGACCAUACGGCUUCUGCCUAGAAAUUUUGGAGUCAAACGACGUACCAAAGCCGCAUUUAUUUGCUUCAAUUGCUAUUGACCAGGCACUAUAGUAUUUCUUGCCUCAAGCAUAAAAUGGAGGCUUGCCGGCGCAUUACGAACUCUUCAGAUUAGGAUGCGGUCUUCUGUGGCUCGUGCGGCGGCGAUGGAAUGGCACGGACUCCGCAGCUGAUGCAGAUUGCGGCGGGUGUUGCAGGACACGUUGGCACGUUGGCUUUGCUUAUUUGCUGGCUUGCAGUAAUGCAAUGAGUGUCUUAUUCGGCUAGUGCCGCUCUUUUGCCGGCAGAGUUGGUGCGUAGGCAGGGCAGGUCACAACAAGAGAGGUGGACAAUGACAAAAAUAUCAACCACGAACACAACAAACGGGCUGCAUCUUGUCGCAGUCACAGGUAGUCAGCGGCACCGGCCGUGGCUGUAGCGGAGUAGCUGGGGACAGGGCGCCCCGAUGGCAUGUAUGCAUUGCCGCGCGCGCCCGCGCCCGCCCGCGUGCAUGCAUGGGCAAUCGAGGCUUGUGUGUGCGCGUGUGCGUGUGUGUGUUUGUGUGUUUAAAGCAAUAAAGCGAAGUGUGUGUGUGUGUGUGUGAGUGCGUGUGUGGUAUACAAACAGCCGGGUCUUGUAGGCGCUGGUCGAGCUGCAUCGGGAGAGUGUGCGCAGCUGCCCGCCGUGCUAGGUGUUUGCCUGCUGUGCGCUUGCGCUGCCCUGCCUUGUGACGCGCGCCCCCUCGCAGUUUGCUGUAUGCAAACGGGGCCGUUGAUGUGGUGGCAGGCGGCGGCCGCAUUGUGGUGUUGCUGGUGGUGGCUGUAGGCGGUGGUGGCUCAAGAACGUGCGGGUUACACGCUGUGUGUUUGGCACGGUCUUGUGCUCUAGUAGGGAGAGCAGAAAUGGCUGGGGAGGUGCAGCUGGGCAGUUGGGCGACUGUGUGCGGCGGCGCCGCCGUGUGCAUCAUGCGGUCAUGCGUCACUCAAGGAAACAUUUCCGGUGUAAUGCCCAUUGCGG